UCUUGCUUCCCUCUCAUGGCUCUGCAAUCCUCCACCUCCUCCUACUCUGAAUGGAAAUACGAUGUGUUUAUUAGUUUCAGAGGCCAAGAUACUCGCUAUAGUUUCACUGGCAACCUCUACAAGGCUCUUUGUGACAAAGGAAUUCUCACCUUCUUUGAUGAUGGCGAGCUUCAAAGCGGAGAGGAAAUAACACCUGCACUUCUCAAGGCAAUUCAAGAGUCUAGGAUUGCCAUCGUUGUACUCUCUCCUAACUAUGCUUCUUCUUCUUUUUGCUUAGACGAACUGGUCCAUGUCCUUCACUGCAUCAAGGGAAACCAUCGCUUGGUUUUGCCUGUUUUCUAUGAGGUGGAUCCUUCUGAUGUGCGCCAUCUGAAAAACAGUUUUGGAGAAGCAAUAGAUAAGCAUGAGAAGAGAUACAAGGAUCACAUGAAUAACAAGGUGGACAAAUGGAAAAAGGCUCUGCAUCAAGUGGCUAAUUUAUCAGGCUAUCAUUUCAAAUAUGGGGAUGGAUAUGAACACAUGUUUAUUGGAAACAUUGUGGAUAACAUCUCAAAAAAGAUUAGAAGACGUUCAGCUUUGCCUGUUGCUGAUCAUCCAGUUGGAUUGGACUCCCCAGUGUCAAAGGUAGCUUCGCUUCUAGAUGUUGAAUCUAGUGCUGGGGUUCACAUGGUUGGGAUAUAUGGUAUUGGUGGAAUAGGAAAAACCACUCUUGCUCUUGCAGUCUAUAACUUGAUUGCUGAUAAUUUUGAUGGUUUGUGCUUUCUUGAAAAUGUGAGAGAAAAUUCAAAUAGACAUGGAAUUGUACAUCUUCAAAAUAUCCUUCUGUCAGAGAUAUUAGAAAAGAAGAAAAUAAAGCUAUCAAGCAGUAAACAAGGAACUUCAGAGAUACAAAAGAGGUUAUGUCAAAUAAAGGUUCUUUUGGUUCUAGAUGAUGUUGAUGAGCAAGAGCAAUUGAAAGCUAUUGCUGGAAAACCUGAUUGGUUUGGUCAUGGUAGCAGAAUUAUCAUUACAACACGGGACAAACAUUUGCUGACACUUCAUGACAUUGGAAGAACAUAUGCGGUACAAGGUUUGAAUGCGGAAGGGUCCUUAGAUUUGCUUCAAUGGAAAGCUUUUAAAACAGAUAUUGUCAACCCAAGGUAUGAGAAUGUUUUAGCCCGUGCAGUAACUUAUGCUUCUGGGCUUCCAUUGGCUUUGGAAGUUAUAGGUUUUAACUUGUUUGGAAAAGAUUUAGAACAGUGGAAAUCUGCAAUGGAUCAAUAUGAAAAGGUUCUUGAUAAUAAAAUACGCAAGAUACUUCAGGUUAGUUUUGAUGUUUUGGGAGAAGAUGUACAGAGUGUUUUUCUUGAUAUUGCUUGUUGUUUUAAAGGAUAUAAAUCAGUGGAAGUUACAGCUAUACUUCAAGCCCAUUAUGGGAGGGGUAUGAAAUAUCAUAUUGGAAUGUUGGUUGAAAAAUCUCUCAUAAAGAUUGAUCGUCAAUUCAGAAUAACAUUACAUGAUCUAAUAGAGGACAUGGGCAAAGAUAUAUGUCGAGAAAAAUCAUCCGAAGUGCCUGGAAAGCGUAGUAGAUUAUGGUUCUACAAGGAUAUAGUUAAAGUUUUAGAAGAUAAUCAAGGAACUAGUGCCACUGAAAUCAUACAUUUGGAAUUUCCUUUAUUUGGAAAGGAAGGAGGUGAAGAUCCAUCGGAAAAAGAGAAAAACGAUGAUGUAGAAGUAAAAUGGGAUGGAACAGCUUUUAAAGAGAUGAAAAAUCUCAAAACACUUAUCAUAAAAAAUGGUCGUUUCUUCAGAGGUCCCAAAUAUCUUCCAAAUAGUUUAAGAGUAUUAGAAUGGAGGAGGUAUCCAUCGAGAUAUUUUCCCUCUAAUUUUGAUCCAGAAAAGCUUUCCAUACUCAAGUUGCCUGAAUAUCUCUACAUGCUCCCCAAGUUGGAUAGCUUAUCCAAGAACUUGGCCUCCUUGAAUGUUUUGAAUUUUGACAACAGUGAAUAUUUGAAAGAGAUACCUGAUGUGUCCGGUCUUCUAACUUUACAAAAAUUAUCAUUCAGUGGUUGUAAGAAUUUGACUACAGUUCACAAUUCAGUUGGUAUCCUCAAUAAUCUUAAAGUCUUGAAAGCUGAAGAUUGCGAGAGUCUUAGGACUUUUCCAUCUAUCAAUUUGCCCUCACUUGAAAUACUUAUGUUGUCUGGUUGCUAUAGACUUGCGAAAUUCCCAGAAAUACUAGGAAAGAUGGAAAAGGUAGAAAUGCUUCGUUUGUGUGGCACUAACAUAAAAGAUUUGCCAUCGUCAUUUCAAAACCUUUGUGAGUUGUCCUGUUUGAAUCUGAGUGGCCAUACCUUUCAUAGGAUACCAAGUGUGAUCGUGAAUAUGCCAAAACUGUUUACAUUAUAUAUUGGGGGAGAACGCAAUAAGACUUGGGAAUCAUGCAACAAGUUGGAAGAGGGGGUUGAAGGAACACUCAGCUCUUCAAAUGUGACUAAUCUUACUCUCGAUAAGUAUAUGCUGUCAGAUAACUUUUUUCCACUGGCACUUGCAUGGUUUCGCAAUGUGAAAACAUUAGACCUGAGUAGCAACAGGUUCACAAUCCUUCCCGAAUGCAUCCAAGAUUUUCGCUUUCUAAGCUCCCUCAAAGUUGAUUCAUGCAAGAAUCUAGUUAAGAUUGCAGGAAUUCCACCAAAUUUGAAACAAUUCUCGGCAGUAGGCUGCAGCAACUUGACUGAGGUCACAAGCAUGUUACUCAAUCAGGAACUGCACGAGAAUGGAAGAACCGAGUUCGCAUUGCCAGGAACAAUGAUUCCAGCAUGGUUUGAAGAGCAGAGAAAGGGAGAUUCUAUUUCAUUCUGGUUUCGUGGCGAGUUCCCUUCGAAUGCACUUUGCUUUGCAAUUCUAAAGCGGAAUACGCGCAGCAGUGGAACUCCUAUAACAACCAUGGUGAGCAUCAAUGGCAAGCAAGUUUCCCGUGGAGAUGGGAGAACCCAAACUUUUCAGGAACUAUUUAUUUUUGAUCUGUCCAUGACAAAAAAAACGUAUCAUUUGGAUGGAAUAUGCUUUGAAAAUAAAUGGAAUCAUGCGAAUGUUUCAUUUAAAAUUUAUGACCUAAUGGAGGAGUGUGGAAUGCAUAUAUUGAAGCAAGAGAGUAGUAGCAUCAUGAAAGAUAUUCGAUUCACCAAUCCUUGCAUAAAGAAUGACGAUGAAGCUCUCCAUGGUAUUGGCAGCAUUGACGUUCGUCUAAGGCUACAACCAGGUUCUGCAACUAGCCAACCAGCUUCGCAGAAUCCUCUUGGGCAUAGUGGAGACACGUCACAUUCAAAAGGGAACUGGGCAGUGCCACAAUUCAGGGGAGGCACUGUUUUUGCUAGGAGGAACAUAAAAAUGAUGUUGUGUGUGAUGUUUUAUACAAUGUUAAGCAUUGUAGUGUGUGGUUUGGGUAUGUGGUUAGGAAAGAAUUAGGGUGGUGUGAGUUUAGGAGCAAAGAAUGAAACAAUUAAGCCCUACUUCAUGUGGAUAGUAUUCAAGCUUUCUUCCAAUGUAAAAGCCUUAGGGCUCUAAAAGAAGCAUCACCUUAAUUGAAUGGAACCUUAUUGCAGUUUUCUUGCAUAUUUGCACUUAA